AUGAAAGGUCUGUCCAUUCUGGCUGCCACCCUGGCUUUGUCCUCUUACGCUUUGGCAUUGCCAAAACUCUGGGACAGCACUCUGUACAAAAAGGCCGACUCCACCAAAGUGGGCUACCUCGGUGUGUACUGGACCACCGCGAAUGAGAGCGUGUAUCUCGCAUUGAGCGACAACAGCAACCCCACGGCGUUCAAAUCGAUCAACAGCGGAAAGCCUAUCGUCUCGCCGACGCUGGGCACAAAAGCGGUGCGCGACGUGUCCAUCAUCGAGGGCGUCGGAGAUGCUGCAGGAAAGUACUAUAUCAUCGGAACGGACCUGGACAUCGACACUACAAACUGGAGCCAAGCUGUGAGAACUGGUUCCCGUGGCAUCUUCGUCUGGGAGAGCACCGACCUGGUGACAUGGACCAACGAGAGAUUGGUGACUGUGGAGGACGAAACCGCCGGCAUGGUCUGGGCUCCUGAUGCGGUGUGGGAUCCAUCAAAAGGGCAAUAUUUCGUCCAUUGGGCAUCGCAGUUCUACGCGGAAGAUGACACUAACCACAGUGGAAAUCCAACCACAACCACGAUCCUCCGAUACGCAUACACCAACGACUUCAAGACCUUCAGCAAGCCAGAGACCUACAUUGAUCUGAAGACCGCCACGACAAUCGACCUCGCCUUUCUCCCCGUCGACGACAACACUUUCGUGCGUUUCUACGUAAAUGGCAACUCCUCAAGCCCUGUCGUCGAAGUAAGCAAGAAUGGGCUCUUUGGGGAUUGGGCGGCUCCCAGUGGCAGUGUUGAGGACAGUUCCAGCUUUGAGGGGCCCUAUCCCUUCUGGGAUAAUGCUCAAGAGGGCAAGGCAUAUCUCCUUUGUGACCGAGUUGGGAGUGAUCCUGGUUUGGCUGCGUGGGAAUCUACCGAUCCGGUUUCGGGGGCGUUCAGUCCAGUUUCUUCGACGGAUAUCACGUUCAUGAGACAUGGUUCGGUGCUGCCUGUGACGCAGGAGCAGUAUGAUGCUCUCGCAGCGCUAUGA